AGAUGGGAGACGGGCGAUGUCUGUAGUCUUUCUGCUAAUGCAAACAACAAAAAAGACACGAUAGUCGCCCCCCCGAGUGAGGACACUGUCACUGUGUAACUGCUAACCAAAGCAGCGGAAGAAACGAGGGUGUUAAAACCGAAGGCGGCAACACUGACAGCAACUUCGCCUGCCUGCAGGGGCAGCAGAAAGGAAGUGACUGAGGACCGGAAGGAUGGUGCAGUCCUGUUCCGCCUACGGCUGCAAGAACCGAUACGAUAAGGAUAAGCCCGUUUCUUUUCACAAGUUUCCUCUUACACGACCUAAUCUUUGUAAAGAAUGGGAAGCAGCUGUUAGAAGAAAAAACUUUAAGCCAACAAAGUACAGCAGUAUUUGUUCAGAACACUUUACUCCAGACUGCUUUAAGAGGGAAUGCAACAACAAGUUACUGAAGGAGAAUGCUGUGCCCACAAUAUUUCUCUGUACUGAACCGCAUGACAAGAAGGAAGAGCUGCUGGAACCACAGGGACAGCUUCACCCGCCUCCUUUAGCACCUCCCAUUUCCCAAGUUGAUGCUGCGAUUGGAUUACUCAUGCCUCCUCUUCAGACCCCUGAUAACCUCUCAGUUUUCUGUGACCACAACUAUACCGUGGAGGAUACCAUGCACCAGAGAAAAAGAAUUCAUCAGCUAGAACAACAAGUUGAAAAACUGAGAAAGAAGCUCAAGACUGCGCAGCAGCGAUGCAGAAGACAGGAGCGACAGCUUGAGAAGUUAAAGGAGGUUGUACACUUCCAGAAAGAGAAAGAAGACACACCAGAGAGAGGUUAUGUGAUUCUACCAAAUGACUACUUUGAAAUAGUUGAAGUACCGGCUUAAGAACAUGAUUUGUAUUAUUAUUAUUAUUAUUUUUAAUGGGGCAGCACCAACAUAUCUUCUUCAGCCUUUUAAAGAGGUUCCACUGAGGGUGGGAGGGAUGUACUUGCUUACUUGUAUAAAAAACAUUUCAGAAUAUUUUUUUAAAAAAUAAAUUAGAUAUAUACUGUAAAAGCAUACAUUUUUGUUUGUAAUUCCAGGGUUCUUACAUCUUAACAAACUAUUUUAAAAGUUUUAAACUAACCUCAGAACCCUACUGUAAGUUUGUUUCAAGAUUGGAGAGUUUUGUUCUUUAAUUUGAGUGUUUAUAGAAGUAUGUAAAAAUAAAAUGAGAACAGUAAAGUGAGAAUGAUUUAAGUUUAAAAUUUUUAAAUUAAUGCAAUUUUAUUUUAUUGAGAGAGCUUACUUAUAUUUUAAAUCAGAAGUUUAGAUAAGAUCAUGGGGCCUAAUUUCUCAGAAUGAAUAUAUAUAUAUAGACAUAUAUCUACAUAUAUUCUUAUUCAUACAUUCUUGUAAAGUCAGAAGAUUCUUUAUGUUCAUCACUUGUCAAAGAUAAAUUGACAAGUCGAUUAAAAACACAAGACUGGCUGUUUUCAGAGAAGAAAAUGAAGUCAUUUCAUUCCUCAUCAGUCUUGUUCAAUAAUCAUAUAAAGAGUGGAUUGUUUCAUGUGAACUCCUUUUUAUUUCCUCCUGCCGUCUGGCUUUAUAAAAUUAGAGAAGUGUAUCUUCAGUCAAAGAAACAUUCUUCAGUUAACAAAAUAAGCUUUCUUAUCAAUGAAGUAAUAAAAAUGGAGGCCUGGCCCAUGGUAUACAUUUUUCUCUCAUUGCCCCAUUUGACAGACUUCUGGUUCCCUAGUGUAGUUAUCUGCAUCCAAAUCGUCAACAGAAUAUUUUGUGUUAGUAGAAUUUGAUUUGUACCAUAGUAUGGUAUUCUUGUCUUGUUUUAGUCAAAGCAUCACAUUAAAAUAAUAAUAAAAAAAUCCAUACACUGUUAAUACAAGUUAGAAAUUAAAUUCCAUUUACUCAAAUGAGUGAUUUAUGGUGGAAAGUAAUCUUUAUAUAGUGUUAAUUUUACUGAAUGUAGAGAUUUAAACAGCUUUCUGUUCAAACUGUGAGUUGUGUGCUGACUUAGUGAGUUUUACAUAUAUUUGAAAUGAAAGUAUGUUCUGAAUAAGCAAAUACUAUCACAGAAUUUACCUACUUUGAUGUAGAAUAACUGUUCCAACUAUACUUAUUUUAUAUUUUGGAGUACACUGAAAUAGAAGAAUGCCAGGCCAUUUAAGACAGUAUAAAGGAUACAAAAUAAUGAUGUUCAAAGGUGUAUUUCAUAAAUCUGAUUUUUAUUGUAAUUUACUGCCCUGCUGCCAGCGGAUCAUACUUCGGAUUUAUGGAGAUUUUACUUUUUUUGUGAAACAGUAUUUCAAAGAUAGGAGAUUAUAAUUAGAAGAUUAAUUGAAGUUACAUAGUUUAAUAAUAUUUAGAAUAAACUAAUGAAUAGGGGCUUUUUAUAGUUACUCAUGAAUCUCCCCACUGUUUUUGGAAACCACAAAGACUUGGAGUAGUUUGUUUCACAUUUGAUAUCUCUAGCAAUUCCUGGAGGAUAUGUGGGUAAAUAUUUUGCAAAGUAUGUAUCUUCAAUCUAAAGUGUCAUCUACGCAAAAUAAAAUCAUAGUGUGUGUUCCCAGAACCAUGACUUCAACACUGAAUUGCAGAAGUGGUAAUCAUAAUUAACAUUUUAGCAUUCUAAUUUAAUUUACAGCUGCUUUCUUUUCAUAGCAGGCACUAAGUCCUUAAGUGGAGAGAACUGAACAAGUAAUACAUAAAUGAAUGGUUUGCAUUUAAAUAAUUUAUCAUAAUUUAACAUAGGGUAUAUGGGGUGCAGAGACUUGUUUUUGAAUUUGAGGUGUGACAUUUGUUGAAUGUUUCUAAAAUUCAUUUUUGUCUGUUGUAUUGUUUAUGACCUUGCCAAGAAAAGUAGAACAUUUAAACUAAAAUAGGUUCUGUGCAAGCAGAAGCGAAGCUCAGUCUGAAAUAAAUAGUGAUAACAUUUCAAUGUGGAAGAAAUGGAUAGAAGAUAAUGUGAAUUGCAGCCUGUUCUGAAAAAAAAAAAGGGCAUUUAUAUUAAAUACAUAUGAGUACUAAAAUAUC